AUGGCGUCGGCAGUAGCUGCGGGGGGAUCAUCCUCCAGGACUGAGGCGACUAAGUCAUUUAUGGACGGUUUAGUAAUUAAUUGGUCAGGGCAAGGAUUACAAAAACUGGUACCAACUUUGGCAUGGGACGAAGAUACACAUACUUUGAUUCUGGAUAAAAACCAGUUAAUUAAAUUGGAACACCUGGAGAAAUGCAGGAACUUGAUGCAGCUGUCCGUUGCGAAUAAUCGGCUGGUACGGAUGAUGGGAGUAGCAAAACUCACUCAGCUUCGGGUAUUAAACUUGCCUCACAAUAGUAUUGGUUAUGUAGAAGGACUGAAGGAUCUGGUGCACUUGGAGUGGCUGAACCUGGCAGGAAAUAAUUUAAAGAUUAUGGACCAACUCAACAGCUGCGCAUCACUUCAACACCUUGAUUUAUCAGACAAUAAUAUAUCCCAAAUAGGUGAUAUCUCAAAGCUUUCUUCUCUGAAGACUCUUUUGCUGCAUGGAAAUAUCAUAACAUCAUUGCGUACAGCUCCUGCUUGUUUACCUCAAGGUCUUGCUAUUCUUUCUUUGGCAGAAAAUGAAGUCAGAGACUUAAAUGAGAUUUCCUUCUUGGCUUCUUUCCCUGAGCUGGAGCAGUUGUCAAUUAUGAACAAUCCUUGUGUGAUGGCCACUCCUUCCAUCCCAGGAUUUGACUAUCGGCCAUAUAUUGUUAGUUGGUGUCUUAAUCUUAAAGUUCUUGAUGGCUAUGUGAUUUCUCAGAAAGAAAGUUUGAAAGCAGAGUGGCUUUACAGUCAAGGAAAGGGAAGAUCUUUUCGCCCAGGCCAACAUGUUUCCUUAGUGCAGUACCUUGCUAGUGUUUGUCCUCUUACCACUAUGUUUGGGCUGCAAACUGCCGAGGAUGCCAAAUUGGAAAAAAUACUGCAUAAACAAAGGUUGCACCAGAGGCAACUGAUGUACCAAAGCCAAGCCGAUGAGCUCCCUGUUUCCUUGUCUCGGAAUAAAGGGGUGCCUGUUACCAGCAAACCAAACAGCCCUGCCCAUGGGCCGCAAAUAAGGACUGAACUAGAACCUGUUAUCCAAAAGAAUUCCUGGAUUGGGCCAAGAUCUAACGAUGACCAUUCCUAUGCAAUUACAAAUGUUUUUCCAGCUUCUUCACAAGGUGAAAGGAAUGCUUGUGAGGACCUUUAUCUGGAAGACAUACAAACUGAUGAGGACAAGUUAAACAGUAGCCUUCUGUCCUCGGAGUCUACCUUUAUGCCUGUUGCUUCGGGGCUCUCACCGAUGUCUCCUACUACUGCAGAACUGAGGCUUCAUGGAGUUCGUAUUGAUACAGAAAGUGUGGGUGCUGCUGACACUGGAUGUGUAGAACAGGUUAAUAAACAAGAUGAAGAAAAGCAGGAAAAGACGUUUUUGGCUCUUGGAAAGCAUCCCAUCAAAUUAGAAGAGACUAUGGAAACUCAAAGGAAAAGUCAAAAAGAAGAAGGCAUAUUGUCCACUUCCAGUCUGCCAGUGGCCACUGUUACUCUAUCAACUGACGCUGGAAGCCAUCAGGCAUCCUCUGAAGACUGUGUUCAGUGCAGGCUUGUCAAGCAUUCACUUGCACCUGAGGAAGACAUCAUCAAAACUGCUUGCCCUGCCACAUACCUAGAAGAAACAUCUUCUGAUGCCUCUGCUCCUUUAUUUCAAAAGAAUGAUGUGCUUGAAGAAAUGGACAGAGCAGCCACAAAGCUUCAGGCCUCUUGGAGAGGAUAUUACACUAGGAACCGCCAUCCCAGAGCCAAAGAAGUGCGCUAUGAAAUACGACUCAGCAGAAUGCAGGAACAUAUUGUGCAUUUAACUGAAGAAAUGGGAAAAUUAAGGAAAGAAAAAGAUGAGGAAAAGCUUCAAAGGAUGGUGCAAGAGGAGGCUGUCAAAUUCCUUUGGGACCAGCUUAGAUCCAUGCAGGAGUGGCAACUUUCUGUAAACCAACAUCUAAGUAUUGCCGGGCAGCAUGGCAUCCCUACAUCAAGUGCUUUGCAUCCUUCAGAGCUACCCGAAGAGUCAUCCGGAGUACUGUCUCCUGUUGCUAGCUCUACCUGGGUAGUUUCAGCUGCUGAAGCUUGUCAACAGAAGUCUUCAUCAGAAUUUCCUGAUUCAGGCUUUCAUUCCGGUGUAACUGACCAAAAUUGCCUUAACGAAUCAAGGAGAUCUGAAGAAAGUUCGUCAGAAACAAACGAGAGCACGCUAGGGACUUCUUUGGAAACAGUCAAACUGCACGAAGAUUCUCUUUCAGGCUGCCUUUCAGAUGCGGAAGAGGUCCCACUAAACCACGGGGAAGGUAGUGAAAAGGGAUCCAACAGUGAGCUGGACAAUAGCCUUCUCCAGCAGUAUUUAAAAUCAGUUGAGCAGCUCGACGAUGCUGAUGAAAAAUCAAGUUGCAGCAAUGAAACAGAAAGCUGUAGGCUCCAGGCAGCUGUUUCAUUUGAAACCUCAGGCUCCCCAGAUGGGUUUCCAUCGGCACAAGAUGGAAUUGCCCAGGCAUCAGAAAGGUGUCAUUUGAAUGCAGAAACGGCAGAAGAAAAACCGACAGACUGUGACUCUUCAUUCCAGGCACUUCCUGUUAGCGUAACUGUGUAGCAGGCAUAGACCUGUUGAAA